ACUUUUUUUAAUAAAAAAAAAAACCUAAUUCCUUCAUUCCUUGUCUUUGGGGCUCUACCAGUACCAGCCAUUGCCGGACCACUGCUCCUCCUUCCAUUGUCUCCGAUCUCUCUCUCCGUCUCCGACCAGUACCAGAGCCCACUCCGAAAACCAAUUCAACUACUACCUACCUACAAUAAAAACCCAAGCUCACUCCUCUGCUAAUGGCAGCAUCUUCCUCACUCUCUCUCUUCUUCUCCCGCUCUCCCCGAAUCUCAAUCCCAACCCAAUAUUCCCCUCCUCUUCCUCUCAACGCCAACUUAUUCUCUCUCCCUCCAUUGACUUCUUCUACAACAACUCAUUCUCUCUCACUCAGAUUGAAAGGGGUAUCCGCCAUCGAGAAGAAGCUCAGUUGCAGAGCGGUUGCGUCGACUGGAAUGGCUGCUGCUUCGGGGAAGAAGAUCGAUGUUUUCGAUUCCAAGGAUGAGUUGGCUGUGAAAUUGGCUAAGUACACUGCCGAUCUCUCUGAGAAGUUUACCAAAGAAAGAGGCGCUUUUACUGUCGUUUUGUCUGGUGGGUCUCUCAUCGAUUACCUCAGAAAAUUGCUGGAACCACCGUAUCUUGAUUCAGUGGACUGGUCAAAGUGGCAUGUCUUUUGGGUGGACGAGAGAGUUGUGCCUAAGGAUCAUGAAGACAGUAACUACAAACUUGCUUAUGAUGGUUUCCUCUCUAAGGUACCAAUACCUGCUGGUAAUGUUUACGCCAUCAAUGAUGCAUUGUCAGCUGAGGGCGCAGCUGAUGACUAUGAAACCUGUUUGAGGCAAUUGGUUAAGAGCGGUGUGAUAGACUUAUCUGAAGCCAGCGGGUUCCCGAAGUUUGAUCUCAUGCUGCUUGGCAUGGGCCCAGAUGGACAUGUAGCUUCCCUUUUCCCAGGGCACCCUCUUGUCAACGAGAAGGAGAAAUGGGUUACCUUCAUUAAGAACUCACCAAAGCCACCCCCAGAGAGAAUCACUUUCACAUUUCCAGUGAUAAAUUCUUCUGCUUAUAUUGCCCUUGUUGUGACUGGUGCUGGUAAAGCUGAUGCUGUGCAAAAAGCGCUGGGAAGUAGUGAUGAUUCUAACACACUGCCUGUUCAACUGGUUUCACCUGCUGGAGAGCUGACUUGGUUUCUAGACAAGAACGCUGCUUCGAAGUUGUAGAAGGUAGGGAUAUCAGCUAGAGGGAGAGUAUAUCCGUCUGAAUAAAUUAGCUCCCAUGGUCAUCUUCUGUUCUGUUGUUUGAUCAGAGAGAGCUUCUAUGUGGUGAUGAGAGUACUGUAAUCUUGAUGGCACCAGUUUAGCCUUAUCAUCUUCAUGACAAACUGGUAAUUUUCAAGGUCUUGAAUAAAUUAUAGUUUCAUAAUAACACCCUACAGUUUUAAUUGGA